AAGGGGCCGCCGGGGCCCAGCCGCCCCCCCAGCCCGGCCGCCGCCACCAUGAGCAGCAGCGCCCAGUGGGACAGCAAACAGGACAGGAAGCUCCUGAAACCUAUGCUGGAGAAGCGGCGCCGGGACCGUAUGAACCGGAGCCUGGAGCGACUCCGGCUCCUGCUGUUAGAAGCCACCCAGGACGAGAGACUUAAAAACCCCAAAGUUGAAAAAGCCGAAAUUUUACAAAAAACAGUUCACUUUGUGAGGACCCAGCCUCCUGCAGAGCCGGCGAGGCGAGAGGACACCUUUCUGCAGAGGUACCACAGCGGCUAUCGGGAAUGCCUGAGCCAGGCCACGCGUUUCCUCCACUCCAGCCCGGGCAUCUGCGCGGGCAAGAAGGCCUACCUGAUGGAGCGCAUCUGCCACUGCAUGGAAAAAAUCACCGCCCGGGAGCCGCCGUCGGGCAGCCCCUUCCCCAACCCGGCCUACGGCAGGUACGCCCGCGACGCCUGGCCCAGCUGCAGCCCGCCGCUCGGGGACCCCGCCUGCGUCCUGCACCCGGCUCCGGCCUUCCCCGCCGGCCACAGACUGCAAAGCCUCGCGGCCGGCCGGGCCCAGCCGGGGAACUCCGCCAAAGGCACUCGGGGCAAGCUGAGCGGCUCACAGAACUCUGCUGGCCAGCCCCCGGAGCUCAAUGUCUGGAGACCAUGGCCCUAGGGGCCAGGGACCCCCUUGUAAAUCCAUAGAGUGUAUAUUA